CACGGACCCUCACCCUCCCAAUUCCCGGCCAUCCAUUUUCGUCAUGGCAGUCGCACGACCCCGCGGCCCGAUUGUCUCACUUUCUCCAGCCUUGUUGCCAUCAGGCAGCACCCCCCUGUCCGGGCGAACCGUCCACCUCGAAAAGCUGGAGAGCAAACAUGCCUCGGAUCUGUUUCACCUCGUGGGCGGGAGUCAUCCCGCACACGCAUCCCUGUGGGACUACAUGGGGGAUGGGCCUUACUCCGAGCCGGGUGCGUUCGAUACAAACAUCGCUGCCCGGUCGGCCUCGCGGGACCCCUUCUUCUUCGCCGUCAUCGACCGGCGUCGCUCCCUGCCGAGCUUCGGCCAGGCGAUCGGGUAUCUCUCGCUGAUGCGCAUCACCCCGGACCACCUGACCGUCGAGAUCGGGAACGUGAUGUUCUCAUCAGCCUUGCAACGAACAACCGGGGCGACAGAGGCCAUCUACCUGCUCGCCCGGCACGCCUUCCACGACCUGAACUACCGGCGCGUGGAGUGGAAGUGCGACUCGCUCAAUGAGCCGUCGCGGCGGGCGGCCCUGCGGCUGGGCUUCCGGUACGAGGGGACCUUCCGGCAGCAUAUGGUGGUGAAGGGCCGCAGUCGCGAUACGGCCUGGUUCUCGCUGCUGCGCGACGAGUGGGACGCGGGGGUCCGGCCCGCGAUGGAGCAGUGGCUGCACGAGGCCAAUUUCCACGUGGAUGGGGGCCAGAAGGAGACCCUGCAGGAUCUCCGGGCACAACGCAGCUGGGGACCUUAGAUGGAAGAAUCUACUCAAGUCUACAAAGUCUAUAGAUACUAUCCCUGUGCAGGGUUUAGG